AUGGAGGAUAUUGUUAACCAGCUUGACAACAACAUGGACAGUAAUAGGAUCGAUCCCAUUUUCUGCCCCGGUGCUGGAGGCAAUUAUGUAGGUAAGCGUAGAAGUGAGGAUUUAGUUAGAAGGUUUCUCGAGGGUCAUGAAAAGUUAAUUGAUAAGAGUGCCAGUAAGCUGGCUAUGGAUGAAUUCAUUAAGGCAUCAGAUAUGAAAUGUUGUGCUAAAUGGGAUGCUCAAUGUGCAAAUACCAAAUUGUGCUCAUUGUACGAUGAAGGUCAAUGUAAAACCAGCUGCGCACCAUAUGAACGUGUUAUUUCCGGAAUUUGUAAUUUGGGGAGUAAAUGCAAGUGUUGCGCCCCGCCAUGCAAGCCACUGAAGUCAUGCACUGACGUCAAGGGCUUUUGUGUUCAAGACAGGAAGGACUGUGUUAAUGGCUUGAUAAACGUGGGAGACUGUCAAGGUUAUGGUUGCCUGUGUUGCAGCCUGAAACCUAAAUGUGUAACUUCCUAUUCGUGUUCCGUGUACGAGGGAGGUCGGUGUAAAAUUAACUGUGAACCGCAUGAACGUGUGACCUCCGGCAGUUGCUAUCUGGGACCUAAUUGCAAGUGCUGCGCCAAGCCAUGCAAGGCAACGAAGUCGUGUACUGACCUGAACGGCUUUUGUGUUCAAGAUAGGAAGGAAUGUUUUACUGGAACCAUCAACAUCUCAGGAUGUCAAGGCUACGGAUGCUUCUGUUGCGUCCCAAAAUUAGUUCAUCCAUGCAAACAAACAAAGAAGUGUACUGCCGCCCAUGGAUUCUGUUGUCAAGAUAAGAGGGAUUGUGGUACUGGCAUAAUGCACAAAGAAGGCUGUGAAGGCCAAGAUUGCUUCUGUUGCAUACAUGAUAACCAUGGAUGGGAUUAAGAUUAGUAACACCAUCAACAGGGCAAAACACCAUCAAUAACACUGUCAAGAGAGUGGCAUCAACGAGACAAACACCAUCAAUGGAAGUAACACCAACAGUUGUAACAGCAACAGAAGCUCCGUCACCAGUAAAAAUACCAAGAGAAAUGCCAUCACUUAACUUUCUUAGAAAUCAUAAAAAAAAAAUUACAUUAUUUACAGUCAGUAACUACAGCAGCAACACCAACAGUAAUAUUAAUAACAGUGAUAUCAACAACAAUGCAAGCUGCAUCAAAGACAUUACCAACAACACAACCACCCCUACUUCCAUCAAGAAUAGCCAGACAACGACCAUCACUCCCAUCACUAUCAUCACCAUCAGCAGCAAUACAAGUAAAAUGAUCAACAUAAAGUAAACUAAAGCACCAUCCACAAAACUACCAUCAACCUGUGUUACAUGGGAAAGUACUGAUCUCUUCAGUUUCAACACAAAAAUAUGAAAAUUAAUUAAAUUGACGCUGUAUGUACUAAACUAAAGUUAAUUUGUUCACAUCAGUAAAAAGUUUUUACUUGAAAAUAAACAACAAUGGGUAACCUUUGAGGCUAUUUUUUUAAUUAAUACAGUACAACACACACUCAUCAUUGUACCCAUGAACAAGUGGUAUUGAUCAA